AUGUCAGGCCCAAAUGACAAAGCCCAACCUCUACCAAAAAUCUCACUAAGGAUCUCUUGCGCUGGACGCAUCAUUCCACAAGAACCAACUCCUCCACCUUCACCACAGGCAGAAUUUGAACCGCUACCGCUACCCAGCCCAUCUCCCCCAACUGCACCAGAACCUACACUAGUCACCACAGAGUCUGACAAGUUUGGACUCUAUCACGUUUAUUCUACCUCCCCUACUGCUAUUCCAGAUGAAGAGGUAGCCAUAGAUGAUGUUUUCAAAGGACCUAGACAUCAGGCAUCCAUGUUCGAGGAAAAACACCCACUUUCAGUGUUUGGUCUCAGGGACCCUGAUCAGGAAGGUCUAUUUGCGCUGUUCCUGAACGCAACAGUCUUUCGUUUCAUGAAUUGGUGGUAUGGACCAUCUAAUACCAAGACCAUGGAGGGGUUGGACUCUCUGGUUCAUGACAUUGUUCUUGCAGAUGACUUUAAUUGCGAUGAUUUAAUCGGGUAA